AUGCAACAACACAAUGGCAUACCCAACAUUCUGAAGCUUCUAGAUGGCACCCAAGCAUUCUGGCUAGGUAACCCAGAGGCUGAUAAACUCAUCAUCUAUAUUCCUGGCGGUGGCUACUGCAUCCCCGCGCUACCAAACCACUUUAGCCACGUUGAGGCCCUCUUCGCCGACCUCAAGGACCACGGCAAAGAUAUAGGCGUGCUCUUUCUUAUCUAUGAUCUGGCUCCAGGUGCUCAAUGGCCCCGCCAAUUAGAGCAGGCUGUUUCCCUUCUACGAUAUGCCAUCGAGACGUUGGGGAAACGACCAUCCGACAUCGUACUCCAAGGCGAUUCUUCGGGCGCCCAUCUUGCUCUAGCGGUUUUGUCGCAUCUCGCUCAUCCUAAACUUGAAGGUAGCGUGGCCGCCUUGUCGCUCAGUGAAAACCUCGGUGGCGCUAUGCUGCUGUCUCCCUGGAUUGACUUCCGGACUCAUUUCGAGAGCUACAAAGAGAAUGCAGCUCGGGAUGUCGUAUCAGCAAAAUCCCUUGGCCUCUGGGCGCAAGCAGUGAUGGGCGAUUUUACAUCAGAUGAGUAUAGUCACCCUACGCUGGCGCCAACGGGCUGGUGGAAGGACCUUCCUGUUGCGAGGAUCUUUCUUGGAGUGGGAGGGGACGAAGUGCUUUUGGAUUCAAUCGUAUCUUUUGCAAAGAAGCUCAAGGCUGAAUAUUCCGAGGUGAGCAUUAGCCUCGUUCCUCGAGAGUUCCACGUCGAGCCGAUCACGGACUUUCUCUGGAAAUUUCCACCCGGGGAGCAAUUCCAAGCAAUGGCAUCAUGGAUAAACCAGACAUUUGCGCAAUAA